UUGAGAGAGAAUCCAACCCUUUUCUUCUCUCUCAGCCGGCUUGCAGCGAGGCAGCUCAGGUCGCGCACGCAGCAGACACAUGAGAUUUGUCUGAAAUUGAGAGAGCUUUGUGGUCGGUAGGGAAGUUAGGAGAAGGCUUAUUCGCCUACAUAGCGAGUAUUGUUGCGAAAACAAUUUGUAGGCUACUUUGUGUCGCAGAGAAUUUAUUUAGUAUGUUACCCGUUUUCGUGACCAUGGUUUCACAACGGAGACCAACUCACUUGUACGGGUGGGCAUUGAUGAUAUUCGCCGUUUUCUGUCAACGGUGUCACGGAAGUUGUCCGGAGAAAGACUUGGAGAAAAGGGAAGAGGAGGCGAACGUAGUUUUGACUGGUACCGUUGAAGAAAUCAUGAACAUGGACCCAGUGCACAAUACAUACUCGUGCAAGGUGAGGGUAUGGCGGUACCUGAAAGGCAAGACCAUGGUCAACGGCGAGGUUCUUCUGGACGGCGGCAACAAGGUGAUGAUCGGCGGCUUCGGGGACCCUGUGAUAUGCGACAACCAGGUUGCCACUGGCGACACGCGCAUUUUCUUUGUCAACCUGGCCCCGGAGUACAUGUGGCCGGCACAUAAGAACGAGCUGAUGCUCAACUCCAGCCUGAUGAGGAUUACCCUGCGCAACCUGGAGGAGGUGGAGCACUGUGUGGACG